CAGGGAUUGGUGCAUAGUGUGGUGACUUAGCGUCUUCGACAAUGACGAAGGAAGGGACGACUGACAUGACGGCGAUCUCUGUCGGAACCAUCGCGGCGGUGCUACUGGUCUUUUUCAUUCUCCGCUCCAAAAGUACCUCUGCCUUAAACAACAUCAAGGAGCCCGCACCAAAGCCCGAGUACUUGUCUCGCGAACUGAAAAAGUACACUCGCGCCGAGGUUGCCAAGCACAAUUCCGAGAAGGACGCGUGGAUCAUCGUGAAGAACAAGGUGUAUGACAUCUCCGAGUAUGUGGAAGAUCAUCCGGGUGGACUGGCCAUCCUGAACGAUGUCGGUGACGAUGCGACGGUGGGCUUUUACGGCCCUCAGCAUCCCCCGACAGUCGCGGAACACAUCGAAGAGUACCGCAUCGGAGAUCUCGUGGAUUAGACGCUGCUGGUCAUACGCUGAAACUGCUCAAGUGGGCGAAGCUGAAGCCGUGAACUUGAAUCAUCUUUCCCUGUUUGAGGCAGCGAAAACGCACUUCGAGCUGUUCUUUUCGUGAGCGCAAUGGUGGUUUCAAUAGACUAGUGUGUUGUCUCGUUCGUAUCGUGUCCCGGUGAUGGAGUGUGCGUGCGACCAACCCAUGACAGCACGGUCGCACGUCUUCUCAUAGCCACCUCCGUGCGACGACUCUCUCGAUGGCCAUGCAUAGCAUCCGACAUCCAUGUCGUGCCCUUAACUCUAAAUGCAUUCGUCCUGAAGAACAACA